AUUAUGUGAUAUUGAGGCCAGGUGUCCAGACAAGGUACAGACACGUCUACAACAAUCACAAUGAUCGGACGUCUCUUCUGUCUGUCUCUCACAGUCCUUGGACUCAGUGCUAUAGAUGCAUGUAGUGAUGGCUUUGUUGAGUCUGGCAACGCCUGCUUCCACGUGGAGGUCAUGAACGUCAACUGGGCGGAAGCAAAGAUUUAUUGCGAAGCAAUGAAAGCCAAACUUGCAACAAUAGAUUCAGCCAGCAAGGCACAGAGCGUCCAGCAAUAUAUGGAUACAGUUAAAGGGGCAUCAGAGCUGACCUGGAUUGACGGCUCGGACCUGUACACCGAGGGAGAGUGGUUCUGGAUGGACAGUCAGAAGAUCUUCACCUACACCAACUGGAUCCCCGGACAGCCGGACAACGGCGGGGGGACUGAACACUGCGCCCAUCUCAACAAGAGAUACGGCUACAAGUGGAACGAUCACGACUGCACCGUCAAACUCAACUUCCUCUGUGAAAGACCGUUGUCCCUGACUCCUCAUUAAAAGAAGAUGCGUUUCGGACAGUGUGGACUCUUGGACUAUGACCACAACAUGCUGUUCAUCCAGUCAUUAAAAUCUACCGCUAAACAAAGAUCUUAGGACAUCUUAUUACGCGUCACGUCAGAACGACCUUUCAUCCGACCAAUCAGAGCGUCGUUUACCAGAUCAAGAAAGUGACAGUCGGGUGAACACGGAGUAUUCCAAACUACAGUUGCGGACUGUACGACUGAUUCCGUGAAAACAUAGCCCAUCUCUACUUCUAAAGGAUAAACAUAUGAACUGAAGAGACUUUGCACAGCCCGUGUGAAGUACUGCCAUACAAGCUUGGGCAUCUAUUAGACACCCCAGAAUGUUCUUUUAUUGAGUUUCAAAACGAAAACUUUGUCAAGUAUUUUUCUGAGCAUAGUCUGGAAUGAAAGCCGUUUAUUUGAAACUUGUGCCGUAUAGCUCGAGAAAGCUGCAUUUUGAUUGGCUGAUGUCGUCUUCUUGUUAGUCUUUUCAUUGGUUUAGUUGGUCAAAGUUCGUGAAGGUCGUUCUGACGUGACCUGUAAUGGCAUGUCCUAAGAUCUUUGUUCAGCGGUAGUGAGAAGUAAGAUAUGAUUUUAAUGAGAUUGCUGUUUAUCACGAUAGCUUGAAUGUUAAAAACCUUUGAAAUAAAACCAUUCCCUUCAACUGCCA